AUGAGGACCGACGGACAUCUCAUAGCCAGCUCAAUCGUAGUCAGAUACUGCAUUGAAGUCAAAAACAAUACAAACAACUCGCCGAGGACAGAUGUCUGUCACAGAUGUCUUCUCACCUCUGAAAGAGCAGCCAACUCAACUCUCAGCUGCUUAAAUUCCCUCGACAGUAGUGGUAACCAAUCAUCCUGUCGUAAGGAACAGACGUUCCAAGCCCUUACCCUAACAGCCCGCCUGAAGUCUAACCUCGGGCAGUCACUCCGAGUGGACGCCACCUCUUCCGCCCCUACCGACGCUGCCCCAUUUAGAGAGCAUUCCAACGAUCUGUGGCCGUUGGCUAACCGGGAUUUCCAUUUGCAGGCUGGAGUGGAGCAUCUUACAGAGUGUCCCGGAGACUUGAUGUUCAAUGCAAUGGUUGAACAAUGUGAUCUGCCGGAGAACACCAAAUGUGAACCAGCGCCCACCUGCUCCUGUGACAACUGCCGGUACCCUUCGUCUGAAAUGUGUUCUGCUUAUUGGCAGUGUGAGGGUGGUCAAGCAGUGCAACACUUCUGCAGUAGCGGCCUUCUUUUCAAUCGUGACACCUCACAGUGCGAUCUGGCCAUCAAUGUAGACUGCAGUGAAGGGGCCUGGGAAGUAGGUGCUUUCCUGGAGACGGCCUGCGUUGACCGACGUUUGGAUUGUCCAAAGUUUGUUAAGGAUGGAGGGUGUCAGUGCAGUGGGAAUAACUGUGACUGGCAGUCGUUUGUUCUCAGGAACUGUCCCAAGUCCUGCGGCAACUGCAAAGAAAACCAAAUUAUUAGCAAGAGGACAUUUGCCUUGGAAGAAAAAGGACCUAGAAGAAAACAUCAUGGAAGCAAAGAGUCUGGAAGCAAAGAGUCCGGAAGCAAAGAGUCCGGAAGUAAAGAGUCUGGAAGUAAAGAGUCCGGAAGCAAAGAGUCCGGAAGCAAAGAGUCCGGAAGCAAAGAGUCCGGAAGUAAAGAGUCUGGAAGUAAAGAGUCCGGAAGUAAAGAGUCUGGAAGUAAAGAGUCCGGAAGCAAAGAGUCCGGAAGUAAAGAGUCCGGAAGCAAAGAAUCAGGCAGUAAAGAGUCCGGAAGUAAAGAGUCCGGAAGCAAAGAGUCCGGAAGCAAAGAAUCUGGAAGUAAAGAGUCUGGAAGCAAAGAGUCAGGAAGUAAAGAGUCUGGAAGUAAUGAAAGCCACAAACCAGGUCACAGCCAUGAAUCAGGAAGCCACAGUCAUGAAUGUGGUGGUAAUGGUGGAAACGGAGGUGGGAGUGGAGAAGCUGGAGGCGGAGACGGUGGAAACGGAGGUGGAGGUGACGGAGGAAAUAACGGCAAUGGAGGAAGUGGAGGUGGAUCAGGAGGCGGAGGAGAAGGAGGCAACGGUGGAGGUGGAGGCAGUGGAAGUGGAGGAGGUGACGGUGGAAAUAACGGCAAUGGAGGAAGUGGAGGUGGAUCAGGGGGUGGAGGAGAAGGAGGCAAUGGUGGAGGUGGAGGCAGUGGAAGUGGAGGAGGUGACGGUGGAAAUGGCGGCAAUGGAGGAAGUGGAGGUGGAUCAGGGGGUGGAGGAGAAGGAGGCAAUGGUGGAGGUGGAGGCAGUGGAAGUGGAGGAGGUGACGGUGGAAAUAACGGCAAUGGAGGAAGUGGAGGUGGAUCAGGGGGUGGAGGAGAAGGAGGCAAUGGUGGAGGUGGAGGCAGUGGAAGUGGAGGAGGUGACGGUGGAAAUGGCGGCAAUGGAGGAAGUGGAGGUGGAUCAGGAGGCGGAGGAGAAGGAGGCAACGGUGGAGGUGGAGGCAGUGGAAGUGGAGGAGGUGAUGGUGGAAAUAACGGCAAUGGAGGAAGUGGAGGUGGAUCAGGAGGUGGAGGAGAAGGAGGCAACGGUGGAGGUGGAGGCAGUGGAAGUGGAGGAGGUGAUGGUGGAAAUAACGGCAAUGGAGGAAGUGGAGGUGGAUCAGGGGGUGGAGGAGAAGGAGGCAAUGGUGGAGGUGGAGGCAGUGGAAGUGGAGGAGGUGACGGUGGAAAUGGCGGCAAUGGAGGAAGUGGAGGUGGAUCAGGGGGUGGAGGAGAAGGAGGCAAUGGUGGAGGUGGAGGCAGUGGAAGUGGCGGUGGAGACGGUGGAAAUGGAGGAGGCGGCGGAGACGGUGGAAACGGAGGUGGCGGUGGAGACGGUGGAAACGGAGGUGGAGGCGGAAAUGGCGGUGGCGGUGGAGAUGGUGGAAACAUCGACGGCUGCGUCAUCGACUGCUCCCUUGGAAAGUAUCUUCCACAUCCAACUGACUGCCGCAAGUUCAUUCAGUGUGCCCCGUAUGGUCCUGAAGAGAUGCCUUGUGCUCCUGGAACAGUCUGGAACCAACAGAAACUCACCUGUGAUCACGAAUGGGCUUCUCCGUGUGUGACAGGCAGCUACUUGACUCCAGAAGGUCUACCAUGUGGAGGAGGUAGUGGCGGAAAUGGAGGUGGUGGAAACAUCGACGGCUGCGUCAUUGACUGCUCCCUUGGAAAGUAUCUUCCACAUCCAACUGACUGCCGCAAGUUCAUCCAGUGUGCCCCGUAUGGUCCUGAAGAGAUGCCUUGUGCUCCUGGAACAGUCUGGAACCAACACAAACUCACCUGUGAUCACGAAUGGGCUUCUCCGUGUGUGACAGGCAGCUACUUGACUCCAGAAGGUCUACCGUGUGGAGGAGAUGGCGGAAACGGAGGUGGAGGUGGCGGAGAUGGUGGAAACAUCGACGGCUGCGUCAUUGACUGCUCCCUUGGAAAGUAUCUUCCACAUCCAACUGACUGCCGCAAGUUCAUCCAGUGUGCCCCGUAUGGUCCUGAAGAGAUGCCUUGUGCUCCUGGAACAGUCUGGAACCAACAGAAACUUACCUGUGAUCAUGAAUGGGCUUCUCCGUGUGUGACAGGCAGCUACUUGACUCCAGAAGGUCUACCGUGUGGAGGUAGUGGCGGAAAUGGAGAUGGCGGUAAUGGAGGAGAUGGUGGAACCAUCGAUGGCUGCGUCAUUGACUGCUCUCUCGGUAAGUAUCUUCCACAUCCUACUGACUGCCGCAAGUUCAUCCAGUGUGCCCCGUAUGGUCCUGAAGAGAUGCCUUGUGCUCCUGGAACAGUCUGGAACCAACAGAAACUCACGUGUGAUCAUGAAUGGGCUUCUCCAUGUGUGACAGGCAGCUACUUGACUCCAGAAGGUCUACCAUGUGGAGGAGGUAGUGGCGGAAAUGGAGAUGGUGGAAACAUCGACGGCUGCGUCAUUGACUGCUCCCUCGGAAAGUAUCUUCCACAUCCAACUGACUGCCGCAAGUUCAUCCAGUGUGCCCCGUAUGGUCCUGAAGAGAUGCCUUGUGCUCCUGGAACAGUCUGGAACCAACAGAAACUCACCUGUGAUCACGAAUGGGCUUCUCCGUGUGUGACAGGCAGCUACUUGACUCCAGAAGGUCUACCAUGUGGAGGAGACGGCGGAAAUGGAGGUGGCGGUGGAGACGGCGGUAAUGGAGGAGGUGGUGGAAACAUCGACGGCUGCGUCAUUGACUGCUCCCUCGGAAAGUAUCUUCCACAUCCAACUGACUGCCGCAAGUUCAUCCAGUGUGCCCCAUAUGGUCCUGAAGAGAUGCCUUGUGCUCCUGGAACAGUCUGGAACCAACAGAAACUCACCUGUGAUCACGAAUGGGCUUCUCCGUGUGUGACAGGCAGCUACUUGACUCCAGAAGGUCUACCAUGUGGAGGAGGUAGUGGCGGAAAUGGAGGUGGCGGUGGAGACGGCGGAAACGGAGGUGGAGGCGGAGACGGCGGAAACGGAGGUGGCGGUGGAGACGGCGGAAACGGAGGUGGCGGUGGAGACGGCGGAAACGGAGGUGGCGGUGAAGAUGGUGGAAAUGGAGGUGGCGGUGGAGACGGCGGAAACGGAGGUGGCGGUGGAGACGGCGGAAACGGAGGUGGCGGUGGAGACGGCGGAAACGGAGGUGGCGGUGGAGACGGCGGAAACGGAAGUGGCGGUGGAGACGGCGGAAACGGAGGUGGCGGUGGAGAUGGUGGAAACGGAGGUGGCGGUGGAGAUGGCGGAAACGGAGGUGGUGAUGGAGGUGAUGAUUGUCCAUUGUUGUGUCCAGAAAAGGAAGGUCUUUUCCCUCAUCCCCGGGAUUGUAAGAAAUGGAUUCAUUGUUCUCACAGUAUACCUUUUGUCAAGAAGUGUCCCUUCCAUCUUCAUUUUAAUCCUGUCCUACGAGUAUGUGACUGGCCAUAUAGAGCCCAGUGUAUUGCUACUCCUGAUGCUGACUGCCAGAUUCCAGAGCCUGUGCUUCCCACGGAGCCUCCUAAUUUGAAGCCUGACAUUUGUGACUGUGAGUGCUGCCUCAGACCUCAUCCUGAAGACUGUACAGCCUACUAUUACUGUGAGCCAAAUGCCAGCGCCGAAUUCCACACCUGCUCCGAAGGACUUGUGUUCAACCCACAGUUGAGUCAGUGUGUUCUUCAAGUAGAUUACCCACAGUGUCAACCUGAGAAACCCCCAACAUGCGACCCUACGUGCGAAUGUCUGUACCCUGCUCAUAGCUGCUCAGAAUACUAUAAGUGUAAUGGUGAUGGUAUUCCUGUUAAACAUGAGUGUACAGGAGGGCUUUACUUCAACGACCAGAAACACACGUGUGACCUCCCUGAAAAUGUUUCUUGUGAGGAACGGCGUAAAAGAAAUGAAAUAGACCCUACAACAGAACAACACUACAUCUUACCGGAGGAGUGUAAGGAUCUACAGGGAAUGUAUGCCAUUGAGGACAGACCAAGUUCGUAUUACCUUUGCAGUCACGGCGUAGCCUUUGAAAUGCGGUGUCCAGAUGGUGGCGUGUUCUCAAGCAAAGCCAAAAAAUGCAUCUUAAGGAAGUAAAAACUAGACUACAAAACAAGCACUGACAGGCUACAGUUAUUUUCAAAACCAGUAUUAGAUAAACCUGUCAUUUUCUGUCCUUCACCCUGCAUCUGUUAGUGAUGAUUGUAAAUAUAAUGAUAAUUUAA